UACUCCAGUGGGUCCCACUUCUAAUUGCAGCAUGAUGUCCAAUAAACCCUCCCACAUCGUGCCUGUGCUCGGUAAGGGGCACUACUGUUGUGCAAACAGUACCCAAAUCCCAAACUGCGGUAAAUAUGCAUUGAGAGAGAGGAGGAGACGAAUUAUUUGACGUUGGCCUAAAUAAAAAAGCACCAUCAGCACGCAUCAGCGUGGCCCAACCGCCCAAGAGGAGAGUCUUGCCAAUUAAAAUCUUCUAAUUUGCCGCUUCAGUCCUCAGGUGGGCCACACUGCCCAAAACAAACAGAAGGCUAAACGGGAAUGGUUGGAUAUCCCACGUGGUGACAUGAGCAUGGGAUUACGGAACCGCCAAAAAUCCCCGAAUAAAGCACAGCGCAUUUGAGAGCGUUGAGGCAUUUCCACGAACACCUCUUCUGCAUUGCCUAACUCGAGAAAAAGGCAGAAAGGAAAAUGGUAGAAAGGUUCUUUUUCUCUUCAACAAAGCAAAUGCAUAAAGGAGACGAAAAAUCCACUCAGAUAAUCCUUCUUUCCGGCCCUCCCUCCUGCGGGAAGACAUCUCUACUGUUCCAGUUCGCAUUCAAUGAGUCAGUAGAAUAUUCUGGCGAUGUUGUUUUCAUAUGCAACAAACGGAAAUUAGAGUCCAAACCCCCCUUCCUUUCUCAGGGUGUUGAGCCAUCCUCGGAUGUUUUUCAGCAUAUACAGAUGAAGUAUCUUGAAGAUGAUGAAGGGAUCAAAAAGUACUUUGCAGCAUUUCACCUAUAUGAAACCUUUCCAAUAGCAGUUAUUAUCGAUGAUUUUGGUGAUUUCUUCAAUGACAGGCAUUGUCAAGAGAGGUAUGGCAAUGCAAGGGGUAGAGAUUUAGCAAUGGUUCGAGCUCUGGCUUUAUGUCAGGAUGCUAUGACUCACGCAAAUGAAAGAUUGCAAAAUAGAACGCCUUGCAAGCUUUUGCUCUCUGAUACCCACCAUGGUGAUAGUCCGAGAUUGUUAUUCAUAUACAAGAGGUGGAUCUCAAGCAUUUUUACAAUCAAAGGUGGGUAUGACUUCUUUAAGGUUAGUAAGACGUUGUUAAAUUUCUGUCAUUUUUUCCUUCCAUUUUUUUUUAAAAAAGAUACUGCAAUUUAUUAAGCCACAAGGGCAAACAAAAGAAAACAUAACAGGAACAAGAAGAAAAAUCUUAUAUCACCAAUAGGUAGAAUGGCCGUACACCGUCAUUGAGCUUAUCUUUUAUAGGCAAGAAAUGAGGGCAUUUGGUAUUUGGUACCAGUACCCAUUCUGCCCAAUGCAAAAUGGGCUCUUGCUAUCAUGGUUAAAAGACUCAGUGACUCAGAUUGACUUGUUUGGUUCUGAGUCAAGUCAGGACUUGUCUGAGUUGGAGCUGAAUCAGCCUGACUCGCCUGAGUCAGGGAUUACUAAUUCAGUCAAGCUAGAUUGGGUCCGAACGAGGCUACGUUGUCUCAGAUGAGUCACAUCAAACUCGUCCAAGCUUCAUAACCAUGUUCUGUUUUUCCCAAACAGCACACCUUUUGACUACCUAUCCGCUUCGGGUGGAAAGGCCUUUUGGGCACUUCCCUAGAAGCAGCCCAAAGGAUGGAAUUGGAAUUUUUUAUUUGAGAAUUUGAUUAUUGUCCUUGUUGAAGGUGAUUGUCCGGCGUCAUUUCUUCUGAAGAAUGCCAGUACUUCAGGUGGCGACUUGGGAAGGAAGAGAGCUGCCAAGUAUUCCAUUGCUCUUCAAUAUCUGGUGUUGGAGGGGUUUGUGGAAUGAUUUGUGAUGGUAAGAAUUUUCUUUUCUUUUUCACUAAUCAGACCACUUUAACAAAAUCUUCAGCUGUUGUAAUCUGAGCCAGUAUUGGGAGAUGAACACUAACAUCUUAGUUAUCAAGCACUCCGCCUGCACACACCUGGCAUGCAUGUAUGAUAUCCAGACCGUUCAUUUGUUGGGUCUUUGCACCCCAAAUUAUUGCAUUGUUUGGUUAGUUCCGAAACUGAUUGAACAAUACAGAGGAUUAUAGUUGGGCAGUUACAAGAAAUCCAACCAAUGGUCAAGAUACAAUGGGUAGAAGUCGACUGAUGGGUGGAUAGGAUCAUCUGAUCAGUGUGGUGGGCCAACAUAUGAACGGUCCAAAAUCUCAUACAUAUGUUCCACUCACCAAAGAUAGAAAGCUUCGUGACUUUGAUGUUAGCAUUUAGCAACAGAUCCUCUAGCUUGUAAUUUUGUGGUGGUAUCGGUUGUAAAGGGGGUUGUUUUUUGUUCUGUUAUUCUUUGCAUGUUCA